GAUAAAAACAGUUAACAGAAAAGAAGGGGGCGGGGGGAGAGAGAGAGAGAGGAGAGAAGAAAGGGUAAUCGGUUUCGGGGAUUGGGGCAAACCAAUUUCAUCAUUUCCUCCAUCCCUUUCUCUUCUAUCUUUCUCUCUCUCGCUCGCUCGCUCUUCCGUUGCCGUUUGCCUCCCUGAAUGCCUCGCCCGUGUUCAGGUACAUGGUGGCGAUUGCUAAGCGGAGCGAGGGAUUUGCAGGAGACAACCAACUGUUAAAUCAUUGAUGAGUAUGGAUGGCUCUGUAUUUUGUAGGUGAUCAUGGAAACUAAAAGCUCCAUGGUUUUCAGUUGUGAAGUGGUGCAUGAAGCGUUUGUGGAUCAUGUUCUUUGGGGAGCAUAACUGUCCCAAAAGCUCCAAGCUUUCUCUUUUGGACAUUAUUCUAUAGCCUACACCAUUCUCAAUGAAAUUCUUUAAGAUGGCUGUAGCAGUUGAUCAUCAACAUCACGAAUUCAAGUCAACAAUAGUCAAUCCUUCUAGAUGCAGACUCCAAUCAUAUCCUCACCUUAGCAACUCCAUUCUCGAAUUUGACGAGACAAACAUAUCUCGCCCCUUAAAGCAGCAGCAGCAGCAAGACAUUAAUGAGCUUAAUAAUAUCGGUGUCCACAGAAGCUUCUCCACACCAUGUCUAUCAGUACUUGCCUAUAACCAAGAAGAAGAAGAUCUCAAUAUUAAUCAUGAAGGAAUUGAGGUAAUCGGUGGCCACCAAGAUCCAAAAUCUCGUGCUCUCAUAACAAAAGUUAUUCUAGCUUUAAAAUCUGGUUCUGCGGACCCUGUCCCAGCUUCAAGUGGGCUAAGUGGUGCUUACUUACUGCCUAUUCAAGACAAUGGUACUAGUACUACCAUUGCUGUUAUAAAGCCAACAGAAGAACCUAUAGCUUCCGGAAGUCCUAAAGGCUUUUCUGGACGAAUGCUUGGUCGACCUGGAAAAAGUCCCUCCGUACGAAUAGGUGAAACUGGUCCACGUGAAUUGGCAGCUUACCUCCUCGACCAUGGUGGAUUUUCCGGUGUUCCUCCAACUGCAUUACUCAGAAUAUCUUCUGAUGCAAUAUUUCCUACAACACCACAUUCUGAAUAUAAAAUGAUGUCUGUUCAGUGCUUUGUUGACCACGAAUCCGAUGCUGCAGAUUUCGGACCUUCAUGCUUCUCUGUGGCCUCUAUUCAUAAGAUUGGAGUUCUAGACAUCCGUCUUCUCAAUCUUGAUAGGCAUGCAGGGAACAUGUUAGUCAAGGAAAAGGAACUCGUGCCAAUCGAUCACGGCCUUUGCUUGCCCGAGAAACUCGACGAUCCAUAUUUCGAAUGGCUGCAUUGGCCUCAAGCGUUGGUUCCAUUCUCAGAGUCUGAAAUUGCUUACAUAAUGGAUCUCGAUCCCACGAAAGACGCAGAGCUUAUCAGGAACGAGGUUCCAUCCAUUAGGGAGUCCUCCAUUCGGGUUCUCGUCGUAUGCACUGUUUUCUUAAAGCAAGCUGUUAUUGCAGGGCUUUCGCUUGCCGAUAUAGGUGAAAUGAUGACCCGCGAAUAUCAUCACAGCGGGGAGGAAGAAAUAAGUUUCAGUUUGCUGGAGAGUCUUUGCAUGAGAGCAAAGGCUACGUCGAUGAUUUGCAUGGAGGAAGGCGCGGUCUCGUUUGGAGAAGCGAGUGAAGAGGAAUGGUUGCUGUUCUUGAAUGUGUUUGAAAAACUCUUGCCACAGUUCUUUGAGGGAAGAAAGAAGAAGAAGGGAAAUUGCUGCUGAAAUUUAUAGAAGAAGGUAUUUCUUUCAGUCUGGCAUACCUUUCUCUCUCUCUAUAUAUAUAUAUAUAUUUGAAAUUGUAUAUGAUUAACGGGCCGAGCCAAAUUUGUCAUAGGAAAAAAUAUAGAAUAUAUAUUCUAUGUGUGGUUAUUAUAUAUAUAUAUAUAGUAUAUAUGUAUGUACUGUACAUGCAUUGGGGAUUGGAAACGUGAUUGGCAGAAUCAAGCCAUCCUUUCUUAAAUCUUUAUUUGUUUUUCCCCUUAAACCUUGUAAAACAAACCACCAGGGUUUAGUAUUGUAAACUAAUCUUGGCCUGAUCACCUUUUUGUCUUGCCAAAUUAUCAUGUACUUUGUGGGAAUCUCUGUUGGAGAUGACAAAUAAGAUAACUUUAGUU